UCUCUCUCUCUCUCUCUUUAUUCCUGUUUCUAAUAUUUCUUUGUUCGUAGGACUCAACCUUUCUGUAAUAUUCCGCAAUGUAUUUUACUCUUGACUCGCAUACUAAAGUAUAUAUAGUUAUAAUAUUAUUAACGAUAACAGUCGACACCAAAUGAUACUAGUCUUCCGAUUAUUGUAUCUCUGGAUAGAUGAAAUCAGCCCUACCCAUUUUUAUUGCUAACGAUGUUUCGCAGUAAAGUCGCUGAUAUAUGUUACCGCAGAGCGAAGUAACGGUGCCAGUUAUGUUUUUGCGUUCGCCGUCACGACAUCGAACGUCAUCACCUGACGAAAUUUUAUAGCGCAAAAAUUAAUACCGUCGUCGUGACCAGGAAUGUAGCGACGUUUAUUAAUGUCGGCAUGGAGGAUCCUUGAAGCUCGAUGACUUGCCGCGAAACGUGCGGCAGCAUAUUAUUUUGUAAUCUAACUAUCGCGAUUGUUGGUGACCGGUGUAUGUUGCAUGAGGAAAUAAUUUAAGAUCCUCGUGGUGGAAGCGGAGACACGGGACGUCGUGCGUGUGGGCGAUCUGGGUGAUCAUUGCUGUGCGAUGUUCAUGGUAGCAACUGGAUACUUAAUAAUUGUUUAUCUGACAUGGCGAGGAGGAGAGCGAGACUCGUCAGAAUGGUGGGUAGCAUGCCCAGCGGAUGGAUGAGGAGGAUCCUCCUCUUCCUCGUCCUGAUGACCGGUGUCCUGCUGAUCGCCAUGUACACUCAUGCUCCGCCACUCGCAUCGUUGCAACCGUUUGCGACGCGACGAAGACUAGAGGACUUGCAGCGUGGCUUGGUUAAUUACCUGGUGGGUAAUGAAACCACGAUCGGACCUGGCGAACGGCUCUACGAGUAUCUGGAAGAGCCUAGGACAUUUCAAAGUCCGUGGUCCUGGGCAUGUGUGGCGAAUCGAUGCGAGAGACGAGCAGUGAGGUCCUCGAGGACAUCCUUAGCGACCUGUACCGCGCAUUGUGGAGGAAAUAAUCGUCUAUUGUGGCCCAGACCGACCGAGAACGUCGUCCUCGGCGAUGACAGUGUCAUCCUGCAUCUUCAGCAGAUCGAGUUCGUCACCGUAAAUACAAGCGAUCAGGAGACGAAGGAUCUGCUGGAUCAUGCGAAGGAUAUCUUCAUCGGAAAUAUUAGGAGUUUGGUUAAGGUGUUGAACGCUAAAAGUCGAUCCGGUAUCGAUUCGUUCAUUGUGUACCUGAGCGCUGGCAAUGCGCGGGGCACCACCUUGACUCUGGACACCGAUGAGUCGUAUAAGCUAGAGGUCACAUCGAAGGGGAAGAUUUUGGAGGCCAGGAUCACGGGGAAGAGUUACUUCGGGGUGCGGCACGGUCUUGAAACCCUUAGCCAGUUGAUCUGGUGGGAUGAGGCGGCCGGCAAGCAGGGCGCUCUUCGCGUCCUCACGCGAGCCUCCAUCGAGGACAAACCCGCAUUCUCUUAUCGAGGCCUUCUCGUCGACACCGGCAGGCAGUUUUUCCCCGUCGAGGAACUGAAGAGGGUCAUUGAUGGCAUGGCGGCCACAAAACUCAACACGUUACACUGGCAUCUCACUGACUCCCAGAGUUUCCCGUUUGACUCUGCGCAGUUUCCGGAGAUGGCGAGAUGGGGCGCUUACAGUGGUGACCAUAUUUACACACCUGAAGAUGUGAAGGACCUAGUCGAUUAUGCAAGAAUACGCGGCAUCAGAAUCGUCGUUGAGAUUGAUUCCCCGGCUCAUGCUGGCGCCGGGUGGCAAUGGGGUACGGAACAUGGUUUUGGUGAGCUGGCGUUGUGCGUGGAUCAGCAGCCGUGGUCAUCAUAUUGUGGUGAGCCAAAUUGUGGCCAACUGAAUCCAAUAAAUGAACAUUCGUAUAGGAUACUGGAGGGCCUAUACCGAGAAUUAUUAGAUCUCACAGAGGUGCGCGAUUUAGUGCACCUCGGUGGCGAUGAGGUGAAUCUUGAGUGUUGGGCACAAUAUGGCAAUAUCACUCUCGCAAUGCAGGCGCAAAACAUGACGGAUUAUCAUGCACUUUGGGCGGAAUUUGAGACGAAAAUGCUGCAGCGAUUGAUUCGAGCGAAUCACGACAAAGUUCCGAAGGCGGUAAUCCUAUGGAGCUCUCCAUUAACGAAGAGGCCUUACAUCAUGAUGUACUUCGACCCGAAAAUUCAUGUGAUUCAGUCUUGGGGUGGUAGUAAUUGGCCGGAAACGCCGGACCUGUUAGAGGACGGCUUUCGGGUAAUCUUGUCGCAUGUAGAUGCCUGGUACCUGGACUGUGGCUUUGGUAAGUGGCGGGAGGUCGGUGAGGCCGCGUGCGGCGAAUACCGAACUUGGCAAACUGUUUACAAUCAUCGUCCAUGGAAGGACUAUCCACCACAACAGCAACUUUUGGUGCUCGGCGGCGAGGCGGCGAUCUGGAGCGAACAGACCGGACAAUCGUCCCUGGGACCUCGACUAUGGCCUAGGGCGUCGGCGUUCGCUGAACGAUUAUGGAGUGACCUAUCGACGAAUAGUUACUCCACAGACGAGAACGUUUAUACCAGACUAGCCGUGCAUGUCGAAGUCUUGAACAGCAGAGGCAUCAAGACGGAGUCAAUGUGGCCGCAGUGGUGUUCCCAGAAUCCCGGGAAAUGUCUCUGACCGAUCGUUAGAGAUUCACUAACUAUCCACCAGCCGUUCCACGAGAACUGUACUUGCGGUACUGAUAAAUAUAUAAAAAUAAGGUUUCACAAAAAGCGGCGACGUCAGUUGCAAGUUCUGUCGAUGGUCGAAAUCGAUCUCGUCCGACACGCAAUGACAUCGCGUAUUCGUGAUCCAUGGGACCUUUCGAUGCACAUCCUGCCGACGAAAUUGACAAUCGUUUCUGCUUGAAAUCGACGGCUUUUUCAUUCACAAGACAUGAACGUCGAAGAGAUCCGACAUUCGGCAAAUAACAUCAACAUUAACAUCAAUGUAACGAAUCACUAAGAAGCUCUCUCUGCGUAUGUAAUAUAUAUGCAAACAUAUGAUAAGCUGCAAGAUUGCAGAGGUGACAAUGGAUAAGCUGUAACUUUAAACCAACACGCAUUAACUUGAUGUAAAAGAAUGCGUGGCUGGUAACGAUUAAUUGAUUCAAACUCCUCUUGUGAAGAGAUUUGAAAUCAAGCUUCAUGCAAGCUUAGUUUUAUAAGCGUCUACUUAAAUCGAAUAAUUGCAAUCUAGUAGAGCCGCGGAUAUUCUAUUGAUGAAAUGUUUCGGAGUCCGAACUGUAUGCCGAUCAUGAAUGUUGCAAAUUUUUCAAUUCCUUAAUAUCUAGAAGAUAUUGUUGUUUUGAGAGUAAAUUAUAUGUCAAAUAUGUCUAAAAAAUAUAUAUCAAAUUUAUAAAUUAUUACGAAAUUGAUAUAUAUAUGUGUUACAAUGUUAUUUGUAAAGCUGUUUUCGAUCUCGAUUUCUAUUGUGUUAAAGUACAAAAAUUUCGCGUUCGGGCUUUUCAAAAACUUUUUCCAGCACUUGCUUUUUAACGAGUGAUACAUUCUAAUCUUUUUUUUUUCGUUUAUCGAUGCAAAAUUCUAAACAUUACUCUGUUAAUUGUUUAAUUACAUUAUACUGCAUAAUGAUGCAUAAUUGAAACAAAUUGGGAUAAUUGUGCAUCAUGUUUUAAUAUGAGAGAUGAUGAGGUACUGCCUCGAUCGAGACUCAGUUAAGAGUCCUAGCGAGAAGGAGCCUUUAAAGCGAAU